UUUGAGGACGUGACAGCAGCUGUGUCAGAGCUCAGAGACAAACUACAGGACGUCCUGAGAGACUCAUGGACAAACAUCUCACUGAAGGUCACUGAGGUGGAUGUUCUAAUGUCAGAACCAGAACCAGAACCAAAGAGCAGAGCUGGAUUCUUAAGAUAUUCAUGUAAAAUCACUCUGGAUCCAAACACAGCAAACACAGAGCUGGGACUAUCAGAGGGGAACAGGAAGGUGACAUGGAUGGAUCAGGAUCAGUUUUAUUCUAGUCAUCCAGACAGAUUCACUGGUUAUUAUCAGGUUCUGAGUAGAGAGAGUCUGACUGGACGUUGUUACUGGGAGGUGGAGUGGAGAGGGAAGGUUUAUGUAUCAGUCGCAUACAAGAGUAUCAGCAGAGAAGGAAAUGGGAAUGAAUGUGUUUUUGGAUAUAAUGAUAAAUCUUGGGCAUUAUAUUGUUCUCAAAACAGUUAUGGGUUUAGUCACAACAGCAUCUGGACCUCCAUCUCAGGUCCAGUUUCCUCCAGAGUCGGAGUGUACCUGGAUCACACAGCAGGUAUUCUGUCCUUCUACAGCGUCUCUGAAACCAUGACUCUCCUCCACAGAGUCCAGACCAGAUUCACUGAACCGAUACUGGCUGGAGUUUAUGUUUGGGAAUCAGCAAAGUUCUGUAAACUUAAAAAGCCAGAUUAUCUCA